AUGACGCGGUGUACGCUCCUGUUUGCCAGGCCGGGCGACAAGCGAUGGACAUCGCUCCCCGACUUUGAAACCUGCAUCAAGGAUGUUCUUUAUAAUGACAAGGAGGGCUUGUUCUACGUUCUACACAAUAAAGGUUACAUCCAUGCUUUGGAUCUCAAUGGAUCUUCGCCGUCGGUGACCAAGUUCAUGCGAAAUGUAACAAGAGCGAGUGUUGCCAAUAUGUACCUCGUUGUCAUGCCGUCAGGCCAACUCCUGCAGGUGUGUAGGAUGCAGAAUAACAUCGACGUUCAACUCAAGAAUCAUGCGUCAUACAAAGACGUGGUGCGCGUUGCCCUCCAAGAUUGCAUUGAUUUGGCAAACAAGAAUGACAACGACAAGCUCAGUGAAACCGUCACGGAUGACGAACAACAGAUUGGCAUUGAGGAGGAGCUGCGUGAUAAUGAGGUCAACACAACGGAAGUCCUAGUCUUCAAGGUUGACGCAAAUAGGCAGAAGCUGGUAGAGCUUCGGGACAUUGGAGAGUACACAAUCUUCCUUGGAUUCAAUGCCGUUGUCUGCCUUUCGACUAAGGACACAACAUUAGAAGCAAACUGCAGCUAUCUCACGGACGACGUCGACUCUCCAUCAUAUCACCCGAUAUUGCGGAAAGAUCUUGGUAUCUGGAACAUCAAGAAGAGAAGUCGCAUAUGGGGCAAUCCUAAAGACUCUAAUAUUUCAAAGACAAACCAUCCUUCGGCACUACCAAGAUCUGUGCACAGAUGCAGUCAUUCAGUUGCAAAGGCGCAGCUUAGGUAA